AUGGGGUUUUGGUUGCCUGACCAUAGUGUAGGCUUCUAUUCCCCUGUUCCUGAAGUGUUAGACAAAGAACAGAUCUUUUACUUCGAGGCCCUCUCUGUGUUAUCAGCCCUCCACCACAUAAUUAACACAUGCCACCCCCAACAGUCAUCACGCAUAUUGAUCUACACUGACAACGAUAACACCGUCGUGAUUUUCAACACCAUGAGGUGUUUACCGCACUACAACGACAUCCUCAUUAGUGCCGCCGACGUCCUCAUCAGACAAGUCCUCCACCUGCGAGUUCUCCAUAUCACUGGUGAACUCAACCAUGUUGCCGACGCCAUCUCUCGUAAGAAAUUUGCAUUAGCGCAACAAUACUCACCUGGGAUCACCAUAUCCCCCUUUUCACCCCCUCAAUUGCCGCUGGGGGCAACCAAAAAAUGA